AUGGAAAACCAGCUCUAUUAUGACAGCCUGGGGUCCUGCAGUCUAUACCAAGAAGCUCCCCAGGGUGCCAACGACUUACUGCUCCUGCUGCUGGGUCUCGUCAUUCUUGUCAACAUUGGGAUCAACGUGGUAACUGCGAUGUGGCAUGGACUCCAGAAUGCCUUAGACAAGAUGAUACAUUGGAUUCAUCUGAAAAAUGAAAUCUUCCAGGCUUCCGAAGUUUCCCCCAAAGACGCCCCGGCCAAGACCCAAGACGUUCACAUCCACUGUGCCCUGGACCCUGUAGAAGUGAAGAUGGCCCGGCCCACCUGCCAUCGCUCUUCCUCCUACCGCUGUCUCCGCAGCCCCCGCUGCAGCUGUCGCCGCCACCGCCGCUGCAGCCACCGCCGUGGCCGGCACCCCGGCCACCACCGCCCCUGCAGCCACCAGUGGGGACUGAGGAACCAUAGGCAUUUCCCCCCCAACCGCUCCGUCUUCCACAGUCACUGUCACAGCCCCAAGAUGUCACAGCUGCGGCCAGUGCCCUCCUUUGAUGAGGACAACCUAGACUCCUGCCUGGAGGAGGAUGACCUAUCCUUCCCGCACCCCAAGUACCCAUGGCGGGGCUGGGGAGGGCUCUACCAGCCGGUGGGCCUGCCCUCCAACUUGGGGCCGUGGGGCCGCCAGGGUGGGAUCCUGGCCAGCCUGCCACCACCUUCUCUGUACCUGUCACCUGAGCCGCGCCGCAUGCCCAAGCGCGUGGAGGCCAAGUCGGAGCUGAGGCUGCAGUCCUACGGGCCCCACUGCCCCCAGUCCCGAAUCUGGGGCAAUCUGGAGGCUGAGCAGCGGACCCUGUCUCCACCACCCGUCCGCCGGCUGCCCCCCGGCCCCUCCUGGGUCCCCGCGGGACACAGCCCUUACCCCUCAGGGGCCCAGCUACUCCAUGACUCCCGGGAUCAGCGGUGGCGUGGUCUGGAGGGCUCCGGACCCCCCUGUGCCCUGGUGCCCUGGGGGUCCCGGCCCGAGGCCCGGGAGCCCUGCUCCCCCCAGGCCCACCGGCAGAGCCUCCCUGGCCACGCUCACAGCCAGUCCAACCGCAGCCCCCACCCAUCCACGGGGCACUUGGGCUACGGCGCCCGGGACCCCCACGAGGUUCGGCGCCGGACGGGCGAAUGCACCGAGGCAACGCCCGCCCGGCACCCUCUGACCACCGCAUCCCUCACCGUGCUGGACGAGACCUCCCACCGACGGGCCCCGGCUCCCGGCUCAGCCCUGCUGCCCCGCUCCUCCCAGCCCCUGCCCGAAGUCCAGGCUCCGGAGCCGCCCCCAGCCCAGCCCACCUUCAGGCCACUCAGCCGGACCCCGGGGGCCAAUGGCAGCUACCAGGUAUACGACAGCCUGGAGCUGAAGCGGCAGGUCCAGGAGAGCAGAGCGCGGGCCAGCUCCCUGCCGCCCCCCUGCACCUCGGCCUCCAGGCCCUCCCUGCACAGGAGCCCGAACGGGAAACUCCACUGA